AUGAGUUACUCUGAUCCAUAGAAUGCAAUUAUUAAGAUCAAAAGAAUGAGACACAAGCCAAAAAAUUGAGACCCCAGAGAAGCAAUUGUAAAAAACUGGAGGAUUUUCCACUUUGGCAAAUUUGCAGUAUUAGUUCUGUACAGAAAUAAAAGGUUCCCUGCGUCCAUAUGGAUGUCAAAGAGGACAAGCGUUCCCUUUCAUUUCAGAUUUAUAGUUUCAGAGUGGCCUUGAAUAAAUUUGAAAACUUGGUUGAACAGAUAGCAGCUCAAAAAAGAGAUGAAAGAGCAGGACUGCUUAUCCGAAAAGAAGAUGUGAUUGAUUAUGACAAGUUUUAUGCAUCAGUGCAGGAGCUCUUUGAUAUAGAAAUGAAGAGUCAAGAUGUGAAGUGCUUUUACAGGAAACUCUGCAAGAACCCAGAUGCACCUAUAGAUUGGUGUGAGAUCUUUGGAUACUUCUCAGCUGAAGCAGAUUCUCUUGCUUACCAGAUGGAUAAAGAAAAUUUGGUUUUCCUUGUGUCAAAAAAACAGCGAAUUGCAACUUCAGGUAGUAGAAAACGAGAUGUGAUUAAAUGCAUCGUCAAGAUUCCUCAGUUGGAUUUACUAAUAACAGCUUCUCAGAAAGGAUUAAUAAGAGUCCAUAACAGCCAGAUGAAAGUUCAGAUCAGCACCGAUGUCACAGAUACCUCCUGGAUUACCGGAUGUGACUACCUCUCCCAGCUGAAACGAAUUGUGGCCACCACAGAAAGGACCAUCAUUGUCUGGGAUUAUAAAUCUCAAGGGAGCAGCCAGGAAAACUAUUUUGUCAUAAAGCCCAUGGAUCACUGCCUUUUGUGUGUGUGUGUGGUGCCUCUGCCUGACCAGCUCUGCAGAGAAGACAUCCUCCUGGGAGAUGAUGGUGGUUUUGUGAGCAGAUUCACUGUAAAUAGUGAUGACUUUGGACUAAAGCAGGCAAAAAUCAAAAGGAAAUUGCAAAAUCAGGUCUUAGACUCAAAGAACUUUAAAAGUGUUAAAAGGAAGCUGCACAAUGACUGGGUUAUGAAAGUUAGAUACAUCCCAUCCCUGAAUUGCUUUGGAUCCUGCUCCUUAGACAGUGUUCAUUCAUUAGUUUUUGAAUCCUUGAAGAGACUUGAGGACAAUUUGCCUGUCAGAGAGUUUGCCAUGCCAAAAGGAGCAAAUACGUUUUGCUACUGUGUAAAAGCAAAUGUGAUUGUCACUGGAGGAGAGGAUAAAGUCCUCCGUCUGUGGCACCCCUACAUCAGCACCAAGCCUGUGGGAAAACUGGUAGGACACAUGUUCAGCAUCACAGAAAUUGUGACCAAUGAAAAAGAUCAGCACGUCAUCAGUCUUUCCUCGGCAAAGGUUUUCAGAGUAUGGGACAUACAAACUCUUUCCCUAUUACAAGUCUUCCAUGACACCCAGGGAGGACCAGGAGACAUGCAGAUUUAUUCUAUGGUAUAUGACACCAAACAUGGCAUGCUUAUUACAGGAUCAAUUUUUAUAGACAUGUAUCCUCUUACAAGGAUGAUACAAGAUACAAAACAGGUUCCUCACACUCAUGAACAAGAAAUCAAUGUCAUGCUUUACAACAAGUAUUUUCACCAAGUACUUACUAUCUGCUCUGAAUCCAUAAUUAAGGUGUGGGAACUUGAGACUGGUGUCCAAAUAUACCAAAUUAUAGACCCUCAUGGUUUCAAUGUUGAACUGACUUCUGCAGCUAUCGAUGAAAAUGGAGUACUUUUUGCCACAGGAGCGUGUACUGGAACAGUCAAAAUCUGGGACUUUAGCAGUGGGCAAGAGAUGAAAGUGCUGCUGGAAGGAAAAGACUGGAAAGAGGAAGAGCACUGGCUGAAGCACCUGAUUUUCCUUCACACUCAGGACAAGCACCAAUACUUUAUUCUUGCCUUGGAGUACAAUGGGACUAUCAAGAUGAUCCAGACUGAAGAUGAUUCUUUCCUUGUGGUGAUAUGGGAGCUGCCAGAUGCCAUGCCUUAUCUACAAGAUGAGAACCACAUUGUACAACUGAAGACUUCUACUAAAGAUGGAAACAUGGCUAUUCCUUUCCCAGAUGUCAAAUCAAUCAUUCAUAGAAACUCUUCUCAACCUACUAAUAAUGUUGCCACUACUUUGGGGGUGAACUGCAUUGAUUUAUUACAAAUAGAAGGCUAUAAUUUGAUAGCUGCUGGAACCUUAAGUGGUAUGAUCAUCCUGUGGAAUUUUGUAGCAUCUACAGUCAAAGAAGUGUACCGUCCUGAAGAUUGCUCUACUGUGAACCUAGACCUGGAUCCCAAGCGCUUUAGAAUUAAUGACAUACUGUUUCUCUUUCGUACCUCAAAAUGUGCAAGGAGAUCAAGUCAAGAAUCCAUAUGCUCUUCGUCCCAUUGUGAAUCUAGCAAAGGUCCGCAGAGCAGCAAGGGAAGCAAGCAAAGCAUACAUGACAGUGAAGUUAAAGGUGAACGCACAGACAUAAUGGGAGAGCAACAGGCACCAAGCAAAAAGGGUCCUGUCCUUGCCAGUUUAACAGAAGCUCAGCCUCCCAUCCUGGUCACUGCUCAUGAGGACGGACACCUUCGCUUGUGGACUUUGGAGGGAAGACUCCUGAAAGAUAUGCUGCCUUUCACCAAACAUUCUGCCAUUUCUCUGACGGCACUGUACACCGAUUCAUGUUCCAGGGUACUACUGGCUGGAAAUGUAGAAGGACAUGUUAUCCUUUGCAGUAUUAGCUCCUUCCUGGAUCCACCUCAUGAAGAAAAGAAAUUUAAACAGGUGCUCUCGUGGCGUGCCCAUUCUUCAGAAAUCGUUCAAGUGAUCUACGUGGAAGACAAGCAAGUGGUGCUUACUGCCUCCGUCGAUGGCUCAGUCAGGCUGUGGCAUGCCUUCAACGGUCACUACUGUGGAUAUUUUGGACAGCAAAGAGUCUUUGAUUUAUCACAAACUAGAGAUUUCAUCUUGCCAUGUGAUGUUACUGAACUUCCUGUAGAAAUAAAAGAAGAAAGCAAGUUCACAGAGAAGAAGCAAAAAUAUGAAUAUCCUCUGAUAUUUGAUCAGCAAAAAUGGGGAAAAAUGAGCUCAGCAACUUUACUUCCCAAACGUGCACCUCCCAAGGCUUUUGAAGUGCAACAAGAUUUUAAAUUUUUCAAGUCUCUUUCUUCUCCCAAGGUCCACAGAAAUUCCUUGGAAGGUUUCAUGACUGAAAACAGAGAUGCUGGGAUUGUUUUUGGUUCUCUGCCUAUCUACAGGGUACCAAACCCCACUACUCUAAGAUUCCUUCCACUCAUUGGUGUAGAAGCACAAAGGGAGUCAUUGGAAAGUGCUCUAGCAAAGAAGAAGGGAAGUCAUGUUCAACAUGAAAAGAUGUCACGGAGGAAAAGUCUGAAAAGAAAUUUAGUUCCACAGAUAAAUCUGACUUCUUCCUUUUUCCCGGCCCUGUCCAACCAAAGAGGUUCUCAAUAAACUGCUGCAUAUAAGACAACAAAUUCUGGAUGAUGCUGUGGGCUCCAACUCAGGAAGACAAUGAAAAUCCACUAGUCACCCAUUUCCAGACCACAGCUCAUCCUGUUGAUGGGAAAGAUUGCUAAAGGAGCUCAAAGAUUUCAGCUCUGAACAUCAAAAAAGCAGCAAGCAGCUACUUUGCCAACUUCAUUCAUAUAUAAAAGUUCACGUAAUAGGCACUGUUUCUUGUUUACUUCAACAAAAUGACACGUAAGGAAACAAAUUAAGUCAACAGCAUAAGUACCUAUUUGUAUGAUAUGAUUAUGGAUGAUUAGCUUUCUACUCCUUCUCAUUGUUCAUCUCAGUCCAUGGCCAGAAUGUAAAAUGUAUGCAGGGAGAGGGAACUUACUUGUGAUCCAUGCUAUGGAGUGCACAAACAGCAUUACUAUUAAAAAGAAAAAUAUGCCAAUGAGGGCUUUAGUUAUAUUCUGCUUCUUCAUUUAGAAGAAUGUAACC